UAUUGUAUUGGAAACUUCCUGUAUCGGUGUAGGGUGGGACAGCGGAAGCGGCAGCUCACAGCGCUGACAUAUUCAUUUUUGCCUGCUAGAUUUGGGACAUAUUGUACCAAAAUGCCGGCUUACCACUCAAGCCUGAUGGAUGCAGACACCAAACUGGUGGGAAAUAUGGCAAUGCUGCCCCUCAGAACACAGUUUAAAGGUCCUGCUCCUAAAGAAACUAAAGACACAGACAUUAUCGAUGAGGCCAUCUACUAUUUUAAAGCCAAUGUGUUCUUCAAGAACUAUGAAAUUAAGAAUGAGGCAGAUCGAACUUUGAUCUACACCACUCUUUACAUCUCUGAGUGCCUCAAGAAGCUCCAAAAGUGCAGUUCAAGAGGUCAGGGAGAGAAGGAGAUGUACACGCUGGGAAUUACCAACUUUCCCAUCCCUGGAGAACCUGGCUUUCCUCUGAAUGCCAUGUAUGUUAAACCAUCCAACAAACAGGAGGAAGAAACAAUGAGGGGUUACCUGCAACAAAUCCGACAGGAGACAGGACUGAGAUUGUGUGACCGCGUGUUUGACCCUCAGACAGACAAACCAAGCAAGUGGUGGGUGUGCUUUGUGAAGAAACAGUUCAUGAACAAAAGUCUGUCUGCACCUGGCCAGUAAGAAACCACUCAGGAUCUCUCUUGGUAUUUCUGCGUGGG